GAACCUCCAGACCCUCCAGACCCUCCGGACCCUCCGGAACCUCCAGACCUUCCAGACCCUCCAGACCUUCCAGACCCUCCAGAACCUCCGGACCCUCCGGACCCUCCGGACCCUCGUCAUGGCGGGCAUCGCGUCCACCCUGCAGCACCGCCGGGAGAAGGACCGGGGCGUCGGGACCAACUCCCGGGCCGUCAAGUACCUGAACCAGGACUACGAGGCUCUGCGGCAGAGCUGCCUGGAGAGCGGCCGCCUGUUCCAGGACGACUCGUUCCCGGCGCAGACCUCCUCCCUGGGGCACAACGAGCUGGGCCCGGGAUCCUCCAAGACCCGGGGGGUUUCCUGGAAGAGACCCACGGAGCUGACCUCUGACCCGGAGUUCAUCGUGUCCGGAGCCUCCAGGACCGACAUCUGUCAAGGCGCGCUGGGUGACUGCUGGCUGCUCGCUGCCAUCGCCUCUCUGACCCUGAACGAGGAAGUUCUGGCUCGAGUCGUCCCACAUGGACAGAACUUCGAACGCGGAGAGUACGCCGGCAUCUUCCACUUCCAGUUCUGGCAGUACGGCGAGUGGGUGGACGUGGUGAUCGACGACCGUCUGCCGGUCCGAGACGACGAGCUGCUGUUCGUCCACUCGGCCGAGGGGAGGGAGUUCUGGAGCGCGCUGCUGGAGAAGGCCUACGCCAAGGUGAACGGGAGUUACGAGGCUCUGUCCGGAGGGACGACCACCGAGGGCUUCGAGGAUUUCACCGGAGGUAUCGCCGAGGUCCACGAUCUGGAUCGACCGGAUCCACAUCUGUUCCACAUCCUGCUGAAGGCUCUGGACCGAGGGUCUCUGAUGGGCUGCUCCAUCGACAUCACCAGCUCAUCCGACUCGGAGGCCGUCACUUCUCAGAAGCUGGUAAAAGGCCACGCCUACUCAGUGACAGGUGUAUCUGAGGUGGAUUACUGUGGUGACAAGGAGAAGCUGAUCCGGAUCAGGAAUCCCUGGGGUCAAGUGGAGUGGACCGGAGCCUGGAGUGAUGAUUCGAUGCAGUGGCGUCAGAUCAGCGACGACGACCGCGAGCGCCUGAGCCAUCGCUCCGAGGACGGAGAGUUCUGGAUGUCUUUCUCUGACUUCCUGCGACACUACUCGCGGGUGGAGAUCUGCAACCUGACGCCCGACGUGCUGAGCGACGACAGCGUCUCCAAGUGGGCUCUGUCCAUGUUCGAGGGCAGCUGGAGGAGAGGCUCCACCGCCGGAGGCUGCAGGAACUAUCCCGACACGUUCUGGACCAACCCGCAGUUCGUCAUCAAGCUGGACGAAGAGGACGACGACCCGGAGGACGGCGAGUCGGGCUGCAGCCUCGUGGUCGGGCUGAUCCAGAAGAACCGCCGCCGCAUGAGGAAGAUGGGAGAGGACAUGCACACGAUGGGGUUCGCCAUCUACGAGGUUCCUGACGAGUUCUGCGGUCAGAGGAACGUCCACCUGAACAGGAACUUCUUCCUGCGCCACGCGUCCGCCGCUCGCUCCGAGACCUUCGUCAACCUGAGGGAGGUGUGCAGCCGCUUCUGCCUGCCGCCCGGAGAGUACCUGCUGGUGCCGUCCACGUUCGAGCCCCAGAAGAACGGAGACUUCUGCGUCCGGGUGUUCUCCGAGAAACAGGCCGACUUCCAAGAGCUGGACGAUCCCAUCGAGUCCCGAGUGGAGAAGCUGGAGCUGGACGAGGACGACGUGGACGACGGGUUCCGGCGUCUGUUCGGUCAGCUGGCCGGGACGGACUGUGAGAUCAGCGCCUUCGAGCUGCAGAGGAUCCUCAACAAAGUGGUGACCAAACGUUCCGACAUCAAGACCGACGGCUUCAGUCUGGCAACGUGUCGCAACAUGGUCAACCUGCUGGACAAAGACGGCAGCGGGAAACUGGGCCUGGUGGAGUUCAAGGUUCUGUGGACCAAGAUCGAGAAAUACCUGGACAUUUACCGUCAGAAGGACGUGGAUCAGUCGGGGACAAUGAGUUCCACUGAGAUGAGAGGAGCUGUAGAAGAAGCAGGGUUCAGUCUGAACAACCCUCUUCAUCAGGUGCUGGUGGCUCGUUACAGCGAGAGCGAUCUCACCGUCGACUUCGACAACUUCGUGGGUUGUUUGGUUCGUCUGGAGACGAUGUUCGACAUGUUUGACACGCUGAAAAAAGACAACUCAGGAACCAUAGAGCUGACCCUGUUGGAGUGGCUGAACGUGUCUAUGCUGUGAAGGACCAGGACCAGAACCAGUCUGAUCCAGAUCCUGAGACCAGGACGGACCGACACCUGGAGCCUGGUUGACAUGUGACUGUAAUCCUGAGGAGGCGGGGCUUAGUGCGUUAAUACAAUAAAGUCACACAAGAUAGA